UCCCGUUUUCCGUCUCUUUCCCGUCGUUCGCCGGCGUUUCCCACGCCGGAAUCCGGCGAUAGCCGUGAAGAUGAUCUCCAUCGCCAUGAAAGGCGAUGAAUCCGAGCUCGGAGAUCACCGGGGAGUAAUCCAUCAUGCCUCGCCACCUUUGCCUCCGGUUCCGAGUUCCAAGUCUCGGCUCCACAACUUCUCGUUCCCCACCGGGAGCUGGGGCUCCACCAAGGCCUUCCGAUUCACGAAACCAGCGUCAGGAUCCACACCUCCGGCUGCCGCAGUCGCCGCCUCCACCGCCGCCCCCGAGGAGGAGGCCUCGUUUCCGCCAGGUCGGCCGUGGAACCUUCGCACACGCCGCGCCGCUUGCAGUGCUCCGAUGGAGAAAGACGGCGAGGAGGUGAAGAACACGGAGUCGCGGUCGCCGCCGAGGAUGGAGAAGGUGGGGAGCGGCAGCUUGAGGACGGUACGAUUGAGAUCGGAGGGUGGGGGAGAGAAGGCCCAGAAGGGCGGGGAGAUGAGGAGGUUAAUCGUGCCACUCUCCAAAGAGGAGAUCGAGGAGGAUUACUAUGCCUUCAAGGGAUCGAAGCCCCCUCGUCGACCCAAGAAGCGGCCUCGCGUCGUCCAGCGCCAGCUCGAGUCUCUUUACCCCGCGUUUUGGUUAUCGGAGGUGACACUAGACAUGUACAAGAUUAGUGAUUAAGGACAAGAAGCUGUGAUAGAGAAAUAUUUGUUCUUUGGGAUGAAGAUUUACAGAGUUCUGUAUGCUGGCUGAUAAUGUAAUGUUGUGGGCUUGGUUGAUUCAAUUCUCUGGUACUCCCUCUGUUUAUCUGUAAAUCCAAAAAUUUUUGAAUAAAAGUGCUCGAAGAGUUGUCCUCUUUA